GCAAGGCUGUCGUUUGCAUAUCCGCCUCGACUCUGUUUGUAACCAUAUAAUAAGCCAGGAAAGUUGUGGUUUAGUGAUGUAGUUAAACAGAAAACUCUGCACUCGGUUCAGUGUUCACCUGAGGACGGAGGAAGAGGGAAACAGCUGCCCGCUCAUGGCUGUGAUUUUAGUGGCUUUCACUUUGAUGUGCUCCGGGUUAUGGGACAGAGGUUUACUCGCAGUCGGUCAAACUUGCGUGGAUGAGAGUAGGUUUAAAGAACAGGCGGCAUUUGUCGGGCAUCCAUAUCAACUACAGUGCCCUCUGAAGAUUGCUCAGAGCACAUCUCAAACACAGCUGACCUGGCAAAAGGACUGCGUGCAGCUCCCUACAAAUGAGAGCAAAAUCUACCUGGACUUUAAUAGCCUAAAUUUGGAAGACCAAGGAAAUUACACCUGUAAGCAACAGAGCAACAGCACGGUCACAUUUACUGUGCGUCUCCUAGUUAAAGAGUCUCAGUGCUCCAAGGCUCCAGAAUUUAAACCUAACGGGGGCUCGACAACACUCUGGGAAAAUGUGGGAUCCACUGUGAAACUGAACUGCACUGCUCUCCUCUUCUGGGACCCAGCAGAGAAGCAAUGUGACACCACGUUGCAGUGGAGUAAAGAUGGUCAUCCCCUCAAUAACCACACACUUUCCUCGCUGAACACAUCAUCAUGGUCUCCCGGUGCCAACCAGCUGAUGAUAAAUAGCUUCCUAGUGAUCACCCUCAGAGAGCUGGAAGAUUUUGGGCUGUACAGCUGCACAGUGAGGAACAUUUCUGCUGACUUCAGUCUGAAGAAUCUAGGCAGCCCCAGUCACACAGGUGCCGUGAUUGCAGCUGUCAUCCUCCUCCUGUUCCUGGCUUUAGCUGCUGUCAUUUACUCGAGGUGCCACCUGAACAUCAAACUCUGGUACAAGAACUCGUAUGGAGACUAUGAACUCAAUGAUGGGAAAUUAUAUGAUGCCUAUAUCUCAUAUGUGAAUAAUGACUAUGACAGGAAGUUUGUCAACUUCGUACUCAAACCUCACCUGGAAAAUAUAAAUGGGUACAAAGUGCACCUCAAUGACAACGACAUACUACCUGGUGCAGAUCCUUCUGCAGAGCUCCUAAUGAACAUGAGUCGCUCUCGGCGCCUCAUCGUGCUGCUCUCUUUUGCUUACCUUGAACAGGACUGGUGUUCCAGUAACUUCAGACAAGGCCUCCUGCACUUGUUGGAGUUGUGUCAGCAGCCCAUCUUCAUCUUGUUGGAUGGUCAGUAUAAGCGCAUGAGGCCAGAGGUCAAACAGCAGCUUAGUGAGCACCAGCACUGCCUCACCAUACUUACCUGGAGACACAACUCUGUGACGCCUUCAUCUGUCUUCUGGAAAGAGCUAGCUUUAGCAAUGCCUCGCAGUGUUGUCUUCCACAAGGAGUCUGCUGGUGACCCUCAGACAUUGCUGGAGGAUGACAAAGACCCAAUGCUGACCCUUCAGCCGGACCACCUGGACUACCGUUCAGAUACGGACCCUGCCGGUGAUCUGGGUCUUCGCCUCCCUGUCUACAAAGCUUUGUCUUGCAAAGCUCCAGUUCUCCCCGCUGCAACCAGCUCAGCAGCUGAGCCAAAACCCUCUGACAUCGACAUCUCGGACCUGGGAUCACGCAACUACGCAGCACGCUCAGACUUCUACUGCCUGGUCGCUGAGGACAUCUGAUUCACACUCCUUUCUAAAACUCGACGCUCUGUAGAGAUCGCUGUCGGCACGUCUAUUUUUUGUUUUCUGCAUCGUGUAGCCAACUGUUUCCAAUCUGUACAAUGUGUUAUUAAAAUCAGUGUGUUGCUUUCUGUUUCUACAUGCCAUAGAUGAUUUUUAGCAUUUUUACAUUUCAUACUGAUGUGUAACAUACUUUGUGAGAAAUUGUCUGAAGUAUUUCAGGGAAGUAAGUGUAAUUAAGAGUGUGUGUACAAUAAAUAUUUUAUUAAU